UUUUCUAGUUAUUACUCAAAACAUGGAGUGACAGGCACUUAACAGGGCAAGACAGAGGUCAUCCUCAGCGUACAGUGACACUGACAGUGGGUCUGGCUUUGGAGGAGGAUCUGGGGCUAACCCUUUUGGUGAUGAUGAUAAGGAACUACUAGUGGAGAGGGAAGAUCCUGGACUCUCCCCUGAAGCUCAGCUACAGUUGCAACAUGACACCUCAGAGGUUGAAGAGAGGGAAAGACACAUGAGACAACUUGAGACUGAGAUACUGGAUAUCAAUGAUAUAUUUCGUGACUUGGGGACAAUGGUCCACGAUCAAGGGGAGAUAAUUGACAAUAUUGAGGCUAACGUUGAAAUAGCUGGGACUCGUGUUGAGAGCGGUAAUAAGCAGCUGGGGAGAGCAGUGAAGCACAAGAGGUGUAGUAGGAGACUCACGGUAUGUAUUCUCUGUAUCUUGCUAGCUGUGGCUAUAGCUAUUGUCAUAACUAUACUGAUACUGGUUGGAGUCCUGAAUGGCUUUAAAAAGUGAAAAGAAGACAUUUUUUUUUUUGGUCACCACAACUUUUCUAUUGUCUUUUCUCUCUUCUCUUUAACUUAAAACUUUGCGUGAAUAUUAUUAUUGCAUUCUUCUACACUGCUUUACCAAGAGAUAAUAUUAUUACCGUAUUGUUGUUGCUUAUCAGUGUCUUAUAUAUAAAAAUUGUUGCUUUUUUAAAAUCUUUACUUCAGCUGUAA